AGGAAGUUGAGGGAGGGCCCUAGCGGGGAGUGAACCGGAAGUGUAAACGCGCCUGCUUCUCCCCGGCCAGGCGGAACCUGCUCUCUUGGGCCCGGUGGCUGCAAAAGAACUUUCUUUCUCCCGCCCCAACGGUCGCCGCGGCCAACUGCCUCGCCUGUCUGGCAGCCUAGUCCGCCUUCUCUUCUCUCCGUCUCCUCGCCCGGCGGUCAGCUCUGCCCCUGCCACCACCGCCGCUUCGUCUUCUGCCCGGCCAGCCGGCCUGCCCCGCUGCAGCGAUGUGCGACAAGGAGUUCAUGUGGGCCCUGAAAAACGGAGACUUGGAUGAGGUGAAAGACUACGUGGCCAAGGGAGAAGAUGUCAACCGGACACUGGAAGGUGGAAGGAAGCCUCUCCAUUAUGCAGCUGAUUGUGGGCAGCUUGAAAUCCUGGAAUUCAUGCUGCUGAAAGGAGCAGAUAUUAAUGCUCCAGAUAAACAUCAUAUUACUCCUCUUCUGUCUGCUGUCUAUGAGGGUCAUGUUUCCUGUGUGAAAUUGCUUCUGUCAAAGGGUGCUGACAAGACUGUGAAAGGUCCAGAUGGACUGACCGCCUUCGAAGCCACGGACAACCAGGCAAUCAAAGCUCUUCUCCAGUGAUGGCUGGAUGGACUGAUAACUCGGGAAGAACGACUCUCCUGUGGCCUCACACUGCUGCCUGUCUGUCUGUCACUCUCUAUCUGCCAGCUUCUUCAGCUAAAUACUUUAAGAGGGGUGAGGGGAGAGAAACUCAUAACAAAUCAGACUACCAGAAAAAAAAGUUUUGGAAGAGGGGGAAAAGGCCAUGAUCAGGCUUUUACUGGGAUUCCUGAUCAAGGCAACCUCUUUUCCAUUUCUGAUAAAACGUACAGCUUAUACCCAAGGGAGAGGAAAGACAAAACAUACUGGUAACAUUUGACCCUUUCAGCUCCCUAGCUCACUUACUAAUUAGAUUGUGUCGAAGGUCUGAUUAUACAAAGGCCAACUCUGCAUAUUUGGUAGCCCUAGCUGUGUGAGCAGUAGCGGCUGCUGCCAUGUAAACUUAGGGUGCUGAGAUAAGCAAUCAGCUAUAGCCUUCUGCCUUAAGAAUGCACUCUACUGGGGACUUCCUGGCAUAGUUAAGAGCGCUGCCUGUGGUUGGUGACCAAAUCUUUCCUCAGUGACUUCAGCUUUAUGUGAAAGCUCAGUUAAGGUGAGGAGGGGCCCACUCCUAAAUUGCUGGAUGACUGAACUUUGGAUUUUCUCUUCCCUUUCACAUGAAUUUCAUGUCUCUUUAGAUAAGACUGACUAGUUUUAUUUAUAAAAUCUUAAAUUUUGGAGGUCUAAAGGAGAAAUCAUUCCAGUAUGCAUAUUUUUUUCUCCUCUAGAUUCAGAUAUUUAUGUAACAUUGAAACACUUUCAAACACUUGCUGGUAGUAAAAGGGGAUUAAAAAUAGAAUCAUAGCCAUAAGCCUGUUAGUCUCACAUAAAAAGAGAGAACAGCUGUCUUAGUACCUAUGGAUUUCUUCAUUUGCUGUUUGAAUGGAUUGACUUUGGUUGUGUUUGGAGAAUCAAGGAUUAUUUUUGGAUUGCCUCUCUCAGACCCAUCUUGGAUGCUGAUUACAUACUGCACCAAAGGUAAAACUGGGGUGAGAUUUACUAUUUAGAUUAAUUUAAUCCCAUCCCUUCGAAAAUCUUGUUACCAAAUUUGUUACCAGGUUUCCCCGAUUUAUUGAUAGGCUUCUGCUGAACAUAUGCUAACCCACCUGCAUAAUAUAUUUUUAUUUCUUCUACAACUCAUGCAUUGCAUAAAGCAUGACAACUUCAAAAUAGAUUCUGUGUUGUUAGAAUACAGUGCCCUCAAAUGGUGGUGUAAUGACCUGAAGAAAUUUAAGACACAUCUUUCAAAUGUUCAUUUCAUGUGCAGUACAGUUAAUUAAAUCAUUUAAUAACUUUGAUACCUUGCAUCCAAAAUAAUAAGUCUUUCAACUUGCCAUCCAUAUAAACUUACUAAAAAUAUUCGGGUUUUUCCUUGGCCAAGUCAUGCAAUAAUUGAAUGUACCUCAAAUUUGUAAAGGGGGCAGGGUAAGUUAGGGACUUAUAUUCAGAUUGUGGAUAAGAAGGAAUUAAAGGUAUUUUAAGGCAAUGUAGCAUUUUACAGCAGGAUCAAACUAUUACCAAGAAUAGCUCAGCUAUUAAGUUUUAUUGACUGGUUUCUGGUUGGUUGGUUGGUUGGUUGGUUGUGUGUGUGUGUGUGUGUGUGUGUGUGUGUAUUUCCCCCAUAGACCUUUUUUUUAAUCCUAUGACUUUUUCACUUAUAACUAGCCUAACCCUCUAAUUUUCCUACAUCCAAGAAAACAAUCAUAAAGUAGUGGUUUAAACAUAUUAUCAACUAAUUCUGCUGUCUUAAUGCAAUCUAUUAGAGUUGGAUCAAAAGUCAGUAAUCAGUACUUUAUCACAUCACUAAACUAAAAUAUGGAGAUAUCCUUACUGAAAAUGGAGGGCACUUUAUCAGUCUACAAGUAUCAACAUAGUGCAACAGAGUGUUUUAAUAUCUUUGUUUUCACCUCUUGGCAUAAUGUUAUUUAAAAGGCUUGAAUUUUGCCCUUUACACGAUUUUUAUCUUUACUUUAAAAGUGUUUUGUUGUAGUUGGCUAUUGCAGAGAGUGCAUUGUCCUAUCAUUCCUAAACCUGGCCUGCUUUUACGGUCUUUACGGUAUAGAAACCAUGUGAUUCUUUGUACAGUUUAUCCUGACGUUCCUUGUAAUGCAGUAGAGGCUAUUUCGCCUUCCCUCCUUUCUUAGCCAUUUUGUAAACCCCAUAAUUAUGAAACGAUUGCUUGAGAAAAUAACAUGUAAACAUAGAUAGAAUAGACUGACCAAGAUGGUUUACAAUUUUUUUUUAAACUAGGUUAUUUAUAAUGUACUUCUGAACCACUUGGCAGAGAUAUUCACAACACUUAAUGUUCAUCUUUUGAGUAAAGGAAGCUAAAACCAUGACUGCUUUUUUGGUACUUCAUGCAUUUGCAAAAGGUUUUGUUCUCCGCUGAAGUAAUAGUUAACAUCUCAGAAAAAAAAUCUUGCAUGUUCUGUAGUUUUGUAUUAAAUCAGUCAUUUUGUAUG